AUGAGCGAGCCAGCGGGCGCCGGUUCUGGACCUGUCCGCCAUACUGGUGGAUCUCGCUCUGCUCUGAAGCAUAUGGAUGUGAUGGAAAGGGAGCUUGACCAGAAACCGAGUGCGACGGAGUUGUACACUCGCCUUCACUCCACGAAGGCUGACAAGAAGCCGGUCGACAAACGGGCUCAGGAUAUGACUGACGCCAUCACUGAGAGGCUUGCUGCUGCGACACAGCCUCAGACCGGAGAGGGUAGCUCCUCGAGCCCAGCUGCAGUGGACGAGACCCAGGUGUUUCUAGACAUCGAGGGCAUCAACAAGAAGAAAUGCGUGUACGGGUUGGGUUCUGCGAGCAGCAGGUACGCCGGGCCAAGCAGCAGGGUGCAGCGAGGCAGCUCUUCUAGGACGUCGCAGCAGGCAGACGAGGAGGUCGAGCGCCGUGUGCAGGCCGGCAUUCAGGAGGGUCUGCGAUUGGCUCGGGAACAGCAGGCUGCGAACAUGGCACAGAUGAUACGCGAGGAGAUUGUCAGGAUGAUUCCUAACCUUCCGGCAGAGUAUCGGCCACAGCCCCCACCUACCCCACCAGACGAUGACGACACUCCAGGGAAAACGGCAAAAAAUAGCGUAAAACAACAAAAAAAUGCCGAAAAAAAUGAAAUUUGCGACGGACUGUGGUAUUUGCGACGGACUUUUCCGUCGCCAAUUCAUCAGCUUUUGGAGACAAAAGCUGAUGAAUUGGCGACGGAUGUUGUCCGUCGCUGA